AGAUGGCGGACACAAUGAGGGGGAGCCGCCUCGCCGCCGCCUGAAGCGGCCCGGCCCGGCCCGGCACAGCCCAGCCCAGCACAGCCCAGCCGCGGGGCGCCGCCUGGCCCGGCCCGGCACGGCCCGGCAGGGCACGGCCCGGCCCGGCCAGCCGCUCCUCCCCGCAGCACCGCCGGGCCCGGCUCGGCUCGGCCCGGCCCCGCCCGGCUCCCCUUAGCGCCGCCGCCCUCGGCGCGAUGAAGCUGACGGACAACGUGCUGCGGAGCUUCCGCGUGGCCAAGGUCUUCCGCGAGAAUUCCGACAAGAUCAACUGCUUCGACUUCAGCCCCAACGGCGAGACCGUCAUCUCCAGCAGCGACGACGACUCCAUCGUGCUGUACGACUGCCAGGAGGGCAAACCAAAGAGAACGUUGUACAGUAAGAAGUAUGGGGUGGACCUCAUCAGAUACACGCACGCAGCCAACACUGUUGUGUACAGCUCCAACAAAAUAGAUGAUACAAUCCGAUACCUCUCGCUGCAUGACAACAAAUACAUUCGGUAUUUCCCGGGGCAUACCAAAAGAGUGGUUGCCCUUUCAAUGUCUCCAGUGGAUGAUACUUUUAUUUCUGGAUCCCUUGAUAAAACUAUUCGCCUUUGGGAUCUCCGCUCUCCAAAUUGCCAGGGUUUAAUGCACCUCCAGGGGAAACCUGUGUGUUCUUUUGACCCAGAAGGCCUGAUUUUUGCUGCUGGAGUCAAUUCUGAAAUGGUGAAGCUUUAUGAUCUCCGUUCUUUUGACAAGGGGCCGUUUGCUACGUUUAAGAUGCAGUAUGACCGAACGUGUGAGUGGACAGGCCUGAAGUUCAGUAACGAUGGCAAACUCAUCCUUAUAUCAACUAAUGGAGGCUUCAUUCGACUGAUUGAUGCCUUUAAAGGAGCUGUCCUGCAUACGUUUGGGGGAUACAACAAUAGUAAGGCUGUCACACUGGAGGCAUCAUUCACACCAGACUCUCAGUUCAUCAUGAUAGGAUCAGAGGAUGGAAAGAUCCAUGUAUGGAACGGGGAAAGCGGGAUGAAAGUGGCUGUGCUGGAUGGGAAACACACAGGUCCUAUAACCUGUCUGCAGUUCAACCCCAAAUUCAUGACUUUUGCUAGUGCAUGUUCAAAUAUGGCCUUUUGGUUGCCAACUAUUGAUGACUAAUUCCUACACUGCGGCUACUGUCAGAUGACUUUCCAUACUGCUAACAGCAGCAUAUUCUUGCAAGGAUAGUAUUGGAAUUGCCUACAUCUCCUAGACUGUGCUCCCAUUCCUAUGUAUGUUUCCGUAUGUCUUACAUUAUUGGCUGCAUUCCUUUCCAAGGACUCCUCCACUUGACCUCCUAGUGUGCUCGGAAGUACCAUGCAAUGCUUUCUUACCUUCCAGUCCAUGCCCAGCAGGCUUCAGCUGAAGUUGGAACUGGCACAGUAUUAUUUCUGAGGGCAAUGGAGACUGCUAUAUUUACAAAAUGCUUGUGGCAGUUUUUAAGCUGUAAUUUUGUUCUUCUGUAAGUGCACAAGGCAAUUGAUGUUCCGAGGUGGAUUGUGCAGUUACUUCCCGUAAGUGCACGUUUUUUACAUCUGGGAUCUCUGUUUCACUGCAGUCCACAGAUGGAAAGUUACUUCUGUGCCAAAUGUGAACACUGACAAUUUUCAACUCAAAUAGCAGAUGCUGAAGUCUCUUGCAGUUGAACACAUGCUGUGAGUGGGUGACUGUAAAUUUACAUCAUACGUCCUAUCAUCCUUUUCUGGCGAUUUUAGCGUGCAACAAACCGUGCAGUUUUUUUCCACUGCCAGAGCUUGAAGAAGCCUCCCUGCUGUUCGCUGUGCCAGCAUCCCAAAGGGCGCGCACAGUACUGAUGAGGUCUGGUCAGUGUCCCAAGCAAUAAAGGAGUCUGUCAGCAGGAAGAUGGAGAAACCAAACUGAGACUGAAAGCACAGUCUGCCUGUGUAUCUUCCUUAUGUAUCAUCUUGGCUGAUCUUACUUGUAAAUAAUAUGGGGGGAGGGCAGUGGGAAUGGGCCAUAUUUUUUUACUUUUAGAUAUUAAAGAACUUGAUGUGGGCCAGUA